CAAUUUAAAAAAUGAUUAUGGGAUAAAAAGAGCUGCUUCGUUUCUAUAUAAUUUUGUGGUUCGGCGGAUGAGAUUGAAUUGAGUCGGAGCGGUAAGAAUGGCGAGCAGUGAGGCUGACAAGGACGUCAAAUCGCCGCUUCUGGACGGCUGGAAGUCCGGCGGAGGAAGCGGCGGCGGCCGGCGUAGCCAGCGGAUUACCAGACGGAACUCGGUUACGUUGCUCCGCAGUGAUUUCCUGGCUCGGUUACCUGACAAGGUUCGCUCCUACAUUGAUCCCGAGUCUUUUUCUCCGGCUGACCUCUCCAAAUCCUCUACUUUAACGAAAGGAGAAAAAGAAUAUUAUGAAAGACAAUUUGCAACCUUAAAGUCAUUUGAAAGUGUUGAUAUUGUGAGUGCAUCUAACUGCGUUGAUGAGGAAGAUCUUGAAGAACAAGCCCAACAUGAGAGAGCAAUGAAGAUUUCUAAUUAUGCAAAUAUAUUACUACUGGCUCUUAAGAUCUAUGCUACAGUAAGAAGUGGAUCCAUAGCCAUUGCUGCAUCAACAUUGGAUUCCUUACUUGAUCUCAUGGCUGGUGGUAUACUAUGGCUAACUCACUUGUCAAUGAAAAGCGUUAAUAUCUAUAAAUAUCCUAUUGGGAAACUGAGAAUGCAGCCAGUAGGCAUUAUUAUCUUUGCUGCAAUCAUGGCUACACUGGGUUUUCAGGUAUUGAUUCAGGCUGUAGAACAACUUAUUCGAAAUGAACCUUCUGAUAAAAUGACCUCAGAUCAACUGGCAUGGCUGUAUAGCAUCAUGAUAACUGCCACUGUGGUAAAACUUUGUCUUUGGAUCUACUGUAGAAGUUCAGGGAAUGACAUUGUUAAAGCCUAUGCAAAGGAUCAUUAUUUUGAUGUUGUCACAAAUCUAGUAGGAUUGUUAGCUGCUGUACUUGGAGAUAAGUUUUACUGGUGGAUUGAUCCUACUGGGGCCAUUAUCCUUGCAAUUUACACAAUCACAAAUUGGUCUGGAACUGUCCUAGAGAAUGCAGCAUCACUAGUAGGACGAUCAGCCCCUCCUGAAGUAUUGCAGAAGUUAACAUAUCUAGUUGUGCGGCACCCUCAAGUCAAACGCGUUGACACAGUCCGAGCAUAUACCUUUGGUGUCUUGUACUUUGUUGAGGUCGAUAUUGAACUCCCUGAAGAUUUGCCCCUGAAAGAAUCUCACACUAUAGGAGAGAGUCUACAGAUAAAGAUCGAGAAACUCCCUGAAGUAGAACGAGCUUUUGUUCAUAUUGAUUAUGAAUGUGAUCACAAACCCGAGCACUCUGUACUCAGCAGGCUGCCCAACACCGAACCAUAACCUCACAACAAUCUAAGCAUGAUGCAUACUGGCUCCAUACAAGUUGUAUAUUGCCCGGGGAACAACCGAACAAGCUUUCAGGCUGACAUCAAAUCCAUACAAGUAAAAACUAAAUUAAGCUUUUGAGCCUUUGGUAUUUGCAUAACUCCCUUUCAAUGGGCACCAUAUUUACCAGCUUAUUAGAAUAUGCAUUACUGUUAUAGUAGUUUACCUGUUCUAAAUACAGUAUGGAUGCAUAACUUUAGUCAUGAGAAUUUGUUAAGGCCCGGGCAGACUGAGAUCCUGAGACCACUGUUUAAAUAAACUUUGGGGGAAAGGAAUUGCACCCCAACCAAACAUGCAGUUAUGGAUUUGGUUGGUUGUGAUUUGAAUUAGUAUCAACAAACAAACAAAAUAUAUGGAUUUGUUUGGUUGUGUUUGAGUUUGUACUUGUAAUAUGUAUACAAUAAUAUAUAAUUAUGCUUUGCACCGUUGCAA